CCCCCCCACACCCUUUCUGGUCAAAGCAUGGCCCACAGUGCGACCGUGAGAGAAAGUUUAAAAGCAGGCGGUUUCUUAGCCGCCUUCUCCGCGAAGGGGUGGGGGUAUCUGUUUGUCCGUCUGCGCUCGGAGAGAGGUGGGGGUAACGAGUCGCCCUCCGGGGUCGCGAAGACCGUAGCCCUUACCCCACCCUUCCACGGGGAGACGAAGUGCUGGACCUUUAGGAGAAGUCUUGGGGGUGGACAGCAAUCCUAGACUACAGGGGAGUUAUUUCUUCACUGCCACUAGGUUCAAAAAUAAAUCAUGACUGAAUCUGCCUCUAGUGCAAGUGGUCAAGAGUUUGAUGUAUUCAGUGUUAUGGACUGGAAAGAUGGAGUAGGCACAUUACCAGGAAGUGACUUAAAGUUUCGGGUGAACGAGUUUGGAGCCCUGGAAGUUAUCACAGAUGAGAGUGAGGUGGAAAACGUGAAAAAAGCAACAGCUACCACAACUUGGAUGGUACCAACUGCUCAAGAAGCCCCGACCUCUCCCCCGAGCUCCAGGCCCGUAUUUCCACCUGCCUACUGGACAUCUCCACCUGGAUGUCCCACAGUCUUUUCAGAGAAAACUGGGAUGCCUUUCAGGUUGAAGGAUCCAGUGAAAGUAGAAGGGCUUCAGUUAUGUGAGAACUGUUGUCAGUACGGCAAUGUAGAUGAGUGUCUUUCUGGAGGAAACUACUGCAGCCAGAAUUGUGCCCGGCAUAGCAAAGACAAAGAUCAGAAGGAAGAAAGGGACAUAGGAGAAGACAACGAGGAAGAAGAUCCUAAGUGUAGUCGGAAGAAGAAACCGAAAUUAUCUCUGAAAGCUGACUCCAAGGAGGAUGGAGAAGAGAGAGAUGACGAGAUGGAGAACAAACAAGAUGGAAGAAUCCUGAGGGGUUCACAGAGAGCCCGAAGGAAAAGACGAGGUGAUUCGGCUGUAUUGAAGCAGGGUUUGCCUCCUAAAGGAAAGAAAGCCUGGUGCUGGGCAUCCUAUCUGGAGGAGGAAAAAGCUGUGGCAGUGCCCGCAAAGCUCUUCAAGGAGUAUCAGUCCUUUCCAUAUAACAAAAAUGGGUUUAAAGUUGGCAUGAAGUUAGAAGGUGUGGACCCUGAGCAUCAGUCUGUGUACUGUGUCCUCACUGUGGCUGAGGUUUGUGGAUACCGGAUAAAAUUGCACUUUGAUGGAUAUUCUGAUUGCUAUGACUUCUGGGUAAAUGCAGAUGCUCUGGAUAUUCACCCAGUGGGGUGGUGUGAGAAAACUGGCCAUAAACUCCAUCCUCCGAAAGGUUAUAAAGAAGAAGAAUUUAAUUGGCAGACCUAUCUUAAGACAUGCAAAGCUCAAGCUGCUCCCAAGUCGUUAUUUGAAAAUCAGAAUAUAACAGUGAUCCCGUCGGGCUUUCGAGUUGGAAUGAAGCUUGAAGCUGUAGACAAAAAGAAUCCUGCGUUCAUCUGUGUUGCUACGGUAACAGAUAUGGUGGACAAUCGUUUCCUGGUACAUUUUGACAACUGGGAUGAGAGCUAUGACUAUUGGUGUGAAGCAUCGAGUCCACACAUUCAUCCAGUCGGUUGGUGUAAAGAACAUAGAAGAACGCUUAUUACUCCACCAGGUUAUCCGAACGUGAAACAUUUUUCUUGGGAUAAGUACUUAGAAGAAACCAAUUCUUUACCUGCUCCUGCAAGAGCUUUCAAAGUGAAACCUCCACAUGGAUUCCAGAAAAAAAUGAAGCUUGAAGUCAUAGACAAAAGAAAUCCUAUGUUUAUUAGAGUAGCAACAGUUGCAGACACGGAUGAUCACCGAAUAAAAGUUCACUUUGAUGGCUGGAAUAGUUGCUAUGAUUACUGGGUAGAUGCAGAUUGUCCUGAUAUUCAUCCUGUGGGCUGGUGUUCAAAAACUGGGCAUCCUCUUCAGCCUCCUUUGAGCCCUUUAGAAUUAAUGGAAGCUUCAGAACAUGGCGGAUGCUCAACCCCAGGAUGUAAAGGGAUUGGCCAUUUUAAGAGAGUGAGACACCUGGGCCCUCACAGUGCUGCCAACUGUCCCUAUUCAGAAAUCAAUUUGAAUAAAGACCGAAUUUUCCCAGACCGUUUAAGUGGUGAGAUGCCUCCAGCUAGUCCAUCAUUUCCAAGAAAUAAAAGGGCAGACACAAAUGAAAUCUCUUCAUCUCCUGAAAUCAGAGACCAGCAUGCUGAUGAUGUCAAAGGGGACUUUGAAGAGAGAACAGAAAGUGAAAUGAGGACGUCGCAUGAAGCCAGAGCAGGUGCCCGGGAAGAACCUAGCAUUCAGCAGGCGCAGCGUCGAUCGGCUGUCUUUCUGUCCUUCAAGUCUCCCAUUCCAUGUCUGCCGUUACGCUGGGAGCAGCAGAGCAAACUUCUUCCCACCGUAGCCGGGAUCCCUGCCAGUAAAGUUUCCAAAUGGAGCACAGAUGAGGUGUCAGAAUUCAUACAGAGCUUACCUGGGUGUGAAGAACAUGGAAAGGUAUUUAAAGAUGAACAAAUUGAUGGAGAAGCCUUUCUGCUUAUGACCCAAACAGACAUUGUUAAAAUUAUGAGCAUUAAGUUGGGCCCUGCUCUCAAAAUUUUCAAUUCUAUCCUGAUGUUCAAAGCUGCAGAGAAGAACUCUCACAAUGAACUUUGAAGGUGGUGAAUUUUGAAUACCAUCAGCUUUCUGCUUUAAAGCUCAUGUUUUAUUCAAAGCACAAGGACAGUUAUAACUCCUACGUGAGAAGUCUCCAAAACUCAAAAGAGCGAUGCUAUCAGAUUAUUUAUAUUCCUCAAGAGACAAUAUAUACGAAUCCUUAUGAAAGUCCUUCGGCUUUUAACCAAGUACUGUCUAACAGCGGUCAUCCUUUGGUUCUGUUCACUGAGCUAAAUUUAUCUUUGUACAUCUUUUUGAGGCUGGGGGGUGGGGGGGGAAGGGGACUUCGUUAAUUAUUUAUGGUAAAAGGGGGGGUCAGAGUAAGAACUUUUGGCAUUUUGUAAACAUUGUUGAAUUCUCUUUCAUGCACACAAUUUCUUUUUCAGUACUUUCAGAAACCUUUUUAUAUAAUCCAACUUCAACUGAAACCAAAUUAGUCAAAACCUGGCUCAGAUUUGCCAGUGGGACUGUUACCUGUAUUGUUCAUUCUGUGCCAUAUUUUGAAUUGCAACAUUAUGCUAAGUAUAACUUUGCAAGUCAUGAUAUUGCCUAACUGCUUGUCAUAAUUUGUUGGGGCUGAACGGUGGUAAGAAUUACCUUUCUUUCAAUCAGUGUUUUUACUUUUGCACGCAUUAUGAAAUGUUAAACAAAUUACUUUUCACCAGCAUCUUUACUAUAAUUACCAAAAACAUGUAUAUAAAUAAUGGAAUUGAAAAAUAAAAUAUAUAAAUAAAUUAGGUGAUGUAUUUGAAUGGCAUCAAUCUUAUACAUUGUGGUGCCGUAUGUAUUUACAGGAGUCCAGUGGUAUCAAAGGAAUAUGCAGUUCUGUUGGGGGGGGGAUGUUUGUAAGGAUCUUGAACUAUUUAUGAGAUGAUCUUGAGCUUCUCUCUAAUUGCCAAUGAAGUCACUGUGAUGCUUUUCAGAGCUGAAGGGGUCGUUCUGUUGAUGGAAACACUAAUCCAUAAAGAGCUCUGUCCCAGAUCUUCUUCCUCCAGACCCAAAGAUUUUCUUCGGGUCGGCUGAAGAGAGAGUAUAUGGAUUUUACUGAAAAGGUAGGGUGUGAGGGGGCAAUAGCAGUCAACACAAAGAUUCUAAAUGCUCACAGAUCAAGGGGGCAGCUUCCCAAAGCAAUUAUUCAAGAACCUCCAUUUUGGAAAGAUUCCUUUCUCUGUAGAACGGUUCACCUAAGUUUUAUAAAUGUACAGAUGCACUUUAAAUGAAAGCCCUUGAUUACCUAGAAACUGCUAGCACUAGUGUUUCUUUUCCAAGAAUGCCUUUCCAACACAAAAGGUAAUUAUUUUAUCAGCCUUUGGAUGUAAUGUCUACUUCUAGGAUGGACCAUUUGUUCGAGGGCUAUUAUAAGAGUAGGAAAUAAGUUUGUAGCAUGCUGUCUGAAUUCUGGGGCAAGUUCCACCUCUCUCCUUAGUUGCCCUUAUUUUUUCUGAUGUAGGACUUCCUUUGAUGUCCCCCAUUGGGAGUCUGUUAGCAGACCUUUGCAUUUGUCAUAAUUCAAAAGGGCCGUAGCAUCUGCAAUGUCCCUUUCAUUUCUUGCAUGAAUCUGCUUAAAUAAGUUUUUCGUUGUUGGGGUUUUUUUUUCUUUUAUGUUCUGUUCAGAAUUUGUACAUUCAAGUUGCACUUGUUAUAUCUGACAUGAAUGAAAUAAAA